AUGUUGCCGGUGGUUCCAUGGAGUGAGGUGGCACCUGAGAAGGAGAAGGAGAGCUGCGGCUGCAAGGGAGAAUGUGCUGCGGCGGCUGCUGGGACGAUUAAGGAGCUGAAAACCACUGUGGAGCUGCUAGUGCAGGAGUUGCACCAAGUCAAAGCUCGACUGGCAGCAGCUGAAAAGAAAGGUGCAUCCGGUGCUGAUAGGAAGACGGGUGCAGAAUCCAGGGGGAGUGAAGUGAAAGGCGCUGCUGUGAACAAGGAGAAGGGAGUUCACAAGAGUGAUACUCGUGAGCAGCAGAAAUGUGAGGUCUCGGUGCAGCUGAAGGAUGCAGCUAUGAAGGAGAAAAUAAUGGAGCUGAAUGUGACAAGUAUUGUAGAUGAUGGGAAUCUGGUGAUGGGGGAACCUGAGGUGAAGCGGACCUUGCAGGAAGCCAAAAUUACCUUGGGUGGUAACGGUACUACCUAUGUGAAGCUGCAAGCAACCGAUGACAUUGGAGCUGAAGGUGUGGGGGAACAUAAGAUUACCUUCCCUAAAACUGGAGUCGGGAUCGGCAAUAUAGCAGAGCCGGUCGACAUUGAGGAGAUGGUAGAGGGAGUUGAAUAG